AAAAUUCUACUUUAUACGGCCCGACUGAGUCGUAGUUGGGUGUUCAUCGUUCGAAGUCGCCGUGUAAGCGACACUGUCCCCAUCUCAACAGAAUCGCCAGCCAAAUAUCUUAAUUUCUUCACUUUCUUUAUUCUCACUAUCCUUCAGAAUCUCCUCAAUUUUGCGCAUAAAGCUUUUUUGUUCGCUCAGAAAGAGGGAAAAGAAUUCGAUUCCAUUUGUUGAAACGAUUUUGGAGGAAUGUAGUAUUUCGAUUUUGUCUGUUGUAGCACGUCUUUCGAGGUUCUGGCAAUUUGUCCAUGGAUGCUAAUGUACGAGCUCGUUUCACACUUGGCAAACAGUCCUCGCUCAAGCCAGAACGUGAAGGUUCGCCUGUGGUUACCGACGAACUCGAUGAUUCGAUCGCGAUUGAUCCUAGGAUUAAGCUUAUGUACUUGGCCAACGAUGGUGACUUGGAUGGGAUUAGGGAGCUACUGGAUACGGGUACCGACGUGAAUUUUCACGACACUGAUGGCCGAACCUCUUUGCAUGUUGCUGCUUGUCAGGGCCGGCCGGAUGUCGUUGAGUUGCUACUCGAAAGAGGUGCGGAGGUCGACGUUCAGGACCAAUGGGGCAGCACGCCUCUUGCAGAUGCCAUAUAUUACAAGAAUCAUGAUGUGAUCAAACUCUUAGAGAAACAUGGUGCAAAGCUACCGAUGGCUCCAAUGCUCGUGCAAAAUGCUCGUGAAGUUCCAGAAUAUGAGAUCAAUCCAGAUGAGCUUGAUUUUUCUAAGAGUGUAAACAUUACAAAAGGCACUUUCCGCAGUGCUUCAUGGCGUGGAAUUCAAGUUGCUGUGAAGACACUAGGCGAGGAAGUUUUCACUGAUGAAGAUAAAGUGAAGGCAUUUAGGGAUGAACUUGCUUUACUUCAGAAGGUACGCCAUCCUAAUGUUGUCCAAUUUCUGGGAGCUGUAACACAAAGUAGUCCAAUGAUGAUUGUCACAGAGUAUUUGCCCCAGGGGGACCUUCAUGCAUUCUUGAAACGUAAAGGUUCCUUGAAGCUAGAAACAGUUGUAAAGUUUGCUCUUGACAUUGCAAGGGGAAUGAAUUAUUUGCACGAGCAUAAACCUGAAGCAAUAAUCCAUCGUGAUCUUGAACCUUCAAAUGUGCUGCGGGAUGAUUCUGGGCACCUGAAAGUUGCAGACUUUGGAGUCAGCAAACUUCUACAAUUUUCAAAUAGGGUUAAAGAAGACAGACCUGUGGCUCUGACAUGUCAUGACACUUCAUGGCGAUAUGCGGCACCUGAGGUUUAUAAAAAUGAAGAAUAUGAUACAAAAGUGGAUGUAUUUUCAUUUUCUUUGAUCUUGCAAGAGAUGAUAGAAGGCAAUCCACCUUUUCCAACAAUGCCAGAAAAUGAAGUACCGAAAGCUUAUAUAGCUAAUGAACGCCCACCAUUUAUGGCUCCACCAAAGCGUUAUGCACUCGGAAUACAGGAGCUAAUUCAGGAAUGUUGGGAUGAGAAGCCAAAUAAAAGACCCACGUUUCGGCAAAUAAUAAGAAGGUUGGAGGACAUUAACACUCGACUUGUGCAAACAAGAAGCUUGAAGGUGAAUCCAUUCUGCAGUUGUUUCCAGAACCUGAAAGCCAUAUUUACAAGUGAAAGGACUAAUCCAGGAAGCAGAUCUUCGUACUCGGAAAGCAAAUGAGUUAGUAUUCUUUGAGAUUCUCAGCCUUUUCCUUCUCUCUCUUCCACAAACAUUAUGAUGUUUUGUUACUGAAACAGAAUGUUUGAGGCAUUUCUGUGUAUAUCUUUCGCUUAUUAUGCCUUUGAAAUAUUGCUCAAACAAUUUUUGGCUUGUUCUGUUUUUCUUGGUUGGAUGAGAGAGUUCUAAACUAAGCUGUGCCUUGACUUUGUAUCUUCCCCAUAUGUCUGUUUCCUUGUUUCAAUUGGACUAUUCUUGUCAGUUGAAUAUUGCA